AUGUCAUACACAAAUAACUGGAAUGAAAAAGCCUCUUUACAAAUACAAAACAAAACUUUGAAAACUGUUUCAGCGUUGCAAAAAUUUGUUCAAAACAUUCUAAAUUCCUCACAGUCUGCUGAACUUCUUUCUUCUGCUAUCAAUCAAACCGUAGAACAAGAUCCUGUUAUCUCAUCAACAUCAAAUAAGAUUAGUCAGCUAACCUAUACAAUCGACCGCUUAUCUGAUCAAGAAAGUCUUCUUCGAACGCGUUUGGAUUUACUGCAAUAA